AUGAAGGUACUAUUCUUGAUUUUCUUGAUCUCAGUCAUCCAUGCCUGGGAAUACUUUACUUUUGAUAAGAACAUUUCAAAGGUGUAUGGAAUGUGGUUUAUUAAUGCCUGGAUGGGAAAUAUGGAAAUUCCUGAUGAUAAGAAGAAUCAGAAAAUACCUCCCUUCACUUUCAGAUCUCUUCCUAAUGGUAAAAUGGAGGCCAAAUUAAAUCUUAAAAAGAAUGGCCGGUGUGAAGAAAUUAAAUUAACUCUAGAGAAAACAAAGGAACCUGGGAAAAUGACAACCUGGGGAAAGCAGACUAUUGGGUUAAUAGACAUAUUUAUAAAAGACCACAUGAUAGCAUAUAUAGAAAGCAGGAUGAAUGGAAAAGACGUCAUAAUGAUGCAACUUAUGGGUCGAAGUACAACUAUUAAUCCUGAAGCCUUGAAGUUGUUUAGAGAAUUUGUUCAGAGCAAAGGACUAGACAAGACAAAAAUCACGAUGGUUGAACCACAGGAGAAGAGUAGUCGGGGAGUGUUUGAUAUGUGGGUGAGGUGUGGGGAUUUGUUGGCAGAACAUAAGAGGGAUGAACUUCUCAACCACUGGUACUUAAAGGAAAAUGAGUGUCAUUAUCUUUGGAAGGAACUUUUGUUUUUCUGGGUGACAAUGCCAUCCAAGCCUUGCCAGCUGGACUAUUUGGGCUUCGAGGAAUCAGGCUCGUGGUGGGGAGGGUAG